UAUCAAUUGAAAAAACAUGUCUAAAUAAAAUGUAAAGGCCACCUCAUCAACUCUUGCUGAGUCGGCAUACAUGAAUGAAGCACAAUUAAAUUAAUACAACUUUAGUUUAAAAGUGGCUUAGAAAAUUUUACAAGUAUAAAUAGAAAUCACUUCUGAUUCUCUAAUCAUUGAAGCCGUCGAAACAGCCAUUGAUUAUUUCACUCAAAUAUAUUAUGAUUAAGAUAUAAAUGAAAAUGCUGAGAUUUAUGAAGUAUUUUCUGCUGAUCAAUAAGGAAAUCCUUUAAAAACUAAGUUUAAGACAGAAUAAUUACUUUAGGAAAUAGAAUGCAAGUCUUUUGCUUUAGUUGUUAAAAAGAAGGGUACUUUAUUAUCUAUUUUAAAAUAACCUAUCUUGAGAGAGUCUCCUACAAAAAGCACUAAAGAAUAACCUAAGUUCAGAUAUGACACUACUAUUUCCAAAUGAUUACUAAACCUUUUAUAAUUUAUUUAAAAC